AUGACGGCCGACGUCCACAGCGCCGCCGUGCGCCUUCUCUCUGCCGAGCCCACCCGGGAUCCCAGCUACGACAAUUUCUCCUUCACCCCUUUUCUUCGCAAGAGCUUCGGUUUUGGGCUAGCUAGCGAUGUGCCUGUCUGCAAGGCCUACAGCGAAGGGCAUUGCCCUCUUGGGCCGGCCUGUCCUGAUCGACACCCUACGCCGUCGCGCGUAACAACCUCAACCACCACAGCGUCUGGAUUGGCCCCGUCAACCACGCACGGGUCACUGGUCUGCAAGCACUUCCUCAAGGGCCUCUGCAAGAAGGGCGUCAAGUGCGAAUACCUGCAUGAAUACAACCUACGCCGCAUGCCGGAGUGCCAGUCCUUCUCGCGGUCCGGAUACUGCCCCAAUGGCGACGACUGCUUGUACCAGCAUGUUCGGGAGGAGGCCCGGUUACCUCCCUGCGAGCACUACGACCAAGGAUUCUGCGAGUUGGGCCCGCUGUGCGCGAAGCGGCACGUGCGCCGGCGUCUCUGUCGAUUCUACCUGGCUGGAUUCUGCCCGGAAGGGAAGGGCUGUCCCGAUACGCACCCGCGGUGGUCGGAGAAUCUGCCUCGGCCGACCAUGCGGACAGAAAAGACCGAGGAAGAACUGGAGCAGGAGAGGGCGCUCAUCCGAGAGGAGCAGGAGCGGGAAAAAGAGCGCGAGCGCGAAUGGCGCAGUGAACGAGGGCGUGGUGGCAGUUUCAUGCGGGGACGAUACCGGGGUCGAGGACGGGGAUGA